GGAUUAUCCAACUUGUCGACUGCAAAUUCCAUCUCGACAGGUACCUCCUCUAUUAUCGCUCACUUGUGAACGAUCUCCAACAGUGGCAUGCCGUUGCCGACCACGACUGCCCCACCCACCAACCCACACGUGUACCUCCAGAACUUGGUCGAAUUGACCGACGAUGAGUACACGCCGCCGCCACCUCCUGCGUUUGACGAAGACCUGCGCACAUUCCGUCGCCCUGAAGCCCUCGAGUACGGUCGCCAGAUCAAAUCCACGCUCUUCACUCUCGACCCCGCCGUGAACUUUCUUAACCACGGAAGCUACGGCUCGUGCUCCAAGCCGGUUAUGGCCGUGCGGGAAGCAUACUUGCGUCGGCAAGAGUUUGAGCCGAUCAAGUUCAUGGAAGACUUGGGGCCUCGGUUAGCGCGAGUUACGCGCAUCGUGGCCAAAUACGUGCACGCAGAGCCCCGUCAAAUCGCCCUCGUACCGAAUGCGUCGGCGGGCACCACGAGUGUCCUUCGGUCGUUUCCGUUUCCCAAGGACAGCGUCAUCGUGUCGUUCAACCUUGAAUACGUGCCCGUGACGUACCAGAUGGCGCUCACGGGGCUCAAGCAGCAUGUCAUCGACCUGUCUCCGCCGUUCUCGGCCGCGGGGGUCCUCAAGGCCUUCCGAGAGGCACUGGACAACACGGACACGAUUGGCAUGGUUGUGGUCGAUCACAUUACGAGUACCAGUGGUCUCGUCUUGCCUGUCAAGGACAUCAUUCACAUGUGCAAAACCCGCGGCAUCCCCGUGCUCGUGGACGGCGCCCACGCGAUCGGUCAAAUUCCGCUCAACCUAACCGACCUGCAGCCAGACUUUUACGUAUCCAACUUCCACAAGUGGAUGCUCUCGCCCAAGUCGGCGGCGUUCCUGUACAUCCGCGAGCCAUCCAAGUACACGAUUCGACCCACAGUGAUCAGCCACGGCUUUGGACACGGCACAUUUGCCGAGUUCAAUCUCAUCGGUACGAAUGAUUGUCGUUGUAUUCGUAUUUGGUGUCGACACCUGUCGGUCACACGUUGAAGCGGUCGUGCGUUCGUUUGUUGCGUUUGAGUUUGCACAUUCGAACAACCGACUGAGCAUCGUUAUUGCAUUUGGGGAUUGAUUGUACUACAGGCACGAUGGACUACUCGGCGUCGCUGGCGGUCCCGGCGUCGCUGGCAUUCCACGACGCGAUGGGCGGCACUGCCUUGAUGGCGCGCAACCAUGACGUGUGCGUGACGGCGGCGUUGAAACUGGCUGAGACGUGGCAGACGACCCUCUUGACGGACGAGGUGGACACGAUGAUCGGCAGCAUCUGCGUCGUGGAGCUGCCGCCGGCACUCUUUGUCGGCCACUCGGACGACGUGGACGUCGCCUUAGAGACGCUCCGUCUCGUGCUUCGAACGCACUACCGCAUCGAAGCCAAGACGGCGCACGUGGGCGGCAUCCCCGGCCUGCGCAUCUCGACGCAAAUGUACAACGAGGCCGCCGAUUACGACGACUUGGGCGCGGCGGUACUGGAUAUUCUCACGCGCGACGCCGCCGACUUGACCGUGUAGACCACCAGAACGAUGUCGCAUGGUCGUAAUAAUGAAGUGAACGGAGUUUGGUUUCGAUAACUCUGUUGAGUAUUGGA